AUGAUGGCCAUGAACGCCAAGCAGCCGUUCGCCACGCACGCCGCCCUCCAGGAGCCCAAGUUCUCCAGCCUGCACUCCGGCGCGGAGGCGAUGCGCAGAGUUUGCCUCCCGGCCCCGCAGCUGCAGGGCAAUAUAUUCGGGAGCUUCGAUGAGAGCCUGCUGGCCCGCGCGGAGGCUCUGGCGGCCGUCGACAUCGUCCCCCACGCCAAGGGCCACCACCACCCCUUCAAGCCGGACGCCGCCUACCACGCCAUGAGCGGCCUCCCCUGCGCCGCCGCCGCGCUCCCGCACCCCGCCGCGCUCGCCGCCGCCCACCCGCACCCGCACCCGCACCCGCUCCCGCACCCGCACCCGGCGCUGGACGGCGGCGACCUGCUGGAGCACCUCUCGCCCUCGCUGGCCGUCGGCGGGCUGCCCGAGCCCCCCGCCCUGCCCGCGCCGCUGCCGCCGCACCCGCUGGCCGCCGCGGGCCCCCUGGCCGUGGGCGUGGGCCCCCCGGGGGGCCCGGCGCCGCCGCCCGCCGCGCCCGAGGCGGAGUCGGACCCGCGGGAGCUGGAGGCCUUCGCCGAGCGCUUCAAGCAGCGGCGGGUGCGGCUGGGGGUGACCCAGGCCGACGUGGGGGCGGCGCUGGCGGCGCUGAAGCUGCCGGGCGUGGGCUCGCUCAGCCAGAGCACGAUCUGCCGCUUCGAGUCGCUGACGCUGUCGCACAACAACAUGACGGCGCUGCGGCCGGUGCUGCAGGCCUGGCUGGAGGGCGCCGAGGCCGCGCACCGCGACCGCGCCGCCGGCCCCGAGCUGCUGGCCGGCGCCGAGCGCAAGCGCAAGCGGACCUCGAUCGCCGCGCCCGAGAAGCGCUCGCUGGAGGCCUACUUCGCGCUGCAGCCGCGGCCCUCCUCCGAGAAGAUCGCCGCCAUCGCCGAGAAGCUGGACCUCAAGAAGAACGUGGUGCGCGUCUGGUUCUGCAACCAGCGCCAGAAGCAGAAGCGCAUGAAGUACUCGGCGGUGCACUGA